AUUCACGUUCGGUGCUGCUGCGGGGAUGUCUCAGCGAGAAUGGGGGGUGGUGGAGGAUGUGCAGAAGCACUCUGUCCACACACUUAUCUUCAGGUCUUUGAAGCGCACCCAUGAUAUGUUUGUGGCCGACAAUGCCAAGCCAAUCCCAAUUGAUGAGGAAAGCCACAAGUUAAAGAUGUCUGCAAAGCUACGCACAGAGUACAGCUCCGUCUUACACAUGCCAGUUCUGAAGGAAAAUCGAGAAAAGGGCCACCAUGAAGCAUAUGAGCAUUAUACAGCACAUCAAGGGACUGAAUCAGAAUACAUGUUAACUGGAACACACCCAUACCCUUCAGGCCCAGGUGUGGCGUUAACAGCUGAUACUCAGAUACAGAGAAUGCCAAGUGAAUCAGCAGCCCAAUCUUUAGCCUUGGCUCUUCCACCAUCACAGUCCAGGUUAGAAGCUCAGCGUACUGCUGCCAGUGUCGGAGAUAUUUACAGGCACGCUGGACAUCCUGAACGUUCCCAGCCUCCAGGAUUAUCAAUGGCUUCCAUGGAGUCUGGAGGUACCAAAAACUCUGCACUUGUAGCAAAGAAAGCUCCUACCAUGCCUAAACCCCAGUGGCACCCACCUUGGAAACUGUACAGGGUUAUUAGUGGCCACUUAGGCUGGGUGAGAUGUCUUGCAGUAGAACCUGGAAACCAGUGGUUUGUAACAGGCUCAGCUGACAGAACAAUUAAGAUAUGGGACCUGGCAAGUGGUAAAUUAAAGCUGUCUCUGACAGGGCACAUAAGCACUGUCCGAGGGGUGAUUGUUAGUGGCAGAAGUCCAUACUUGUUUUCUUGUGGGGAGGACAAGCAGGUCAAGUGCUGGGAUCUGGAAUAUAAUAAGGUUAUUAGGCACUACCACGGUCAUCUUAGUGCAGUCUAUGGUCUGGAUCUGCAUCCAACUAUCGAUGUGCUUGUAACUUGCAGCAGAGACUCCACUGCACGUAUCUGGGACGUCAGGACGAAAGCCGGUGUGCAUACCCUAGUGGGACACACCAAUGCUGUUGCAACUGUUAGAUGCCAAGCUGCAGAACCUCAGAUCAUAACAGGAAGCCAUGACACCACAAUAAGACUGUGGGAUAUGGUUGGUGGUAAGACGCGGGUAACUUUAACAAAUCACAAGAAAUCUGUCAGAGCUGUAGUACUGCAUCCAAGACAGUACACAUUUGCAUCUGGGUCACCAGAUAAUAUUAAGCAGUGGAAAUUCCCUGACGGUAACUUCAUCCAGAACCUUUCUGGCCAUAAUGCUAUAAUUAAUACAUUGGCAGUGAAUUCUGAUGGCGUGCUGGUGUCUGGAGCUGAUAAUGGAACAAUGCACCUGUGGGACUGGCGGACAGGUUACAAUUUUCAGAGAAUUCACGCUGCUGUUCAGCCUGGCUCUCUAGACAGCGAAUCCGGUAUUUUUGCUUGCACAUUUGACCAGUCAGAAAGCAGGUUAAUCACUGCUGAGGCUGAUAAAACUAUCAAAGUCUACAGGGAGGAUGAAACUGCGACUGAAGAGACCCAUCCAGUCAGCUGGAAACCAGAAAUUAUUAAAAGGAAGAGAUUUUGAUGAGUUGUAUCUGCACACUGGUUCUUUCCUUUUUUUUUUUACAUUUGUUUAUCAGAGGUUGUCUUAGCAUGGAUUUUGUUUCAGACAUUAAGCACAUCUUUGGCUAAUGUCUUUGUCUUUCAUCAUUGUAUUAAAAUACAUCCUGUUAUGGCUAUUUGUUCUGCAAUCCCUGGAAGCUAGAACUUUUUUUUUUUUUAAGAAAACAUUAAAAUGAGAGACUUCCCAAUCUCCAAA